CACCCAAGACUCUUCAAGAAAGUUCACUCCUCAGCCCUAUUCCCCACCACAAACCCUAACCCUAACCCAAAUCCAAGCUUUCUUCGUCUCUCUCUCCGAACCAAACAUGUCGCACUUCGGAAGGACAGGCCCUCCGGACAUCGCAGACACCUAUUCGCUCCUCGUCCUCAACAUUACCUUCCGGACGACUGCGGAUGAUUUAUUCCCGUAUUUUGAUAAGUAUGGCAAGGUCGUGGAUAUCUUCAUCCCCAGGAAUCGGAGGACUGGUGACUCAAGGGGCUUUGCAUUUGUGCGGUACAAAUACGCUGAUGAGGCACAGAAAGCAGUGGAAAGGCUAGAUGGAAAAGUUGUCGAUGGUCGAGAGAUAACAGUUCAGUUUGCAAAAUACGGGCCAAAUGCAGAGCGGAUUCACAAAGGGAGGAUUAUCGAAUCAUUACCAAAGUCAAGAAGUCGCAGUCCUCAGAGAAGGUUACCUUUUGUUUCUUUUUCCUUGUCUUUUUAGAACACUUUUUGGUGC